AUGGCAGUCGACGAACGGACAAAGCGCAAGAUCGAAGCGGAAAUGAACCUGUGGUACCAGUUUAAGCACCCUAACGUAAUUCAGAUGUUUGGCGCCUCGCACGUGAGCUCUCCUCCGUUCAUUGUGUGCGAAGAUGCGACUCACGGAGACCUUUGCUCCUUUCUCGCCGAAUCGGAGACCAACAAGAGAUACAUGUGGCAGCUCUUGUACCAGGCAGCGCUUGGGCUAGACUACAUUCACCAGGUGAAAGUAGUGCACGGGGAUCUCAAGCUCAACAACAUCCUUGUGGGCUCGGACGGGCUGGCAAAACUUUCAGACUUCGGACUCAGUACGAUUCGAACUUGCUCGACACUGUCAAAGCCAUCGGGGAGUCUAGAAGACAGUGCGGGUGCUUUGCGAUGGAGAGCUCCAGAAUGUUUGACGAAGGAGCCAACGUUCGCAUCGGAUGUAUACUCUCUGGCGAUGUGCAUUCUUGAGGCCAUAACUGAUCAAGUUCCGUUUGGUAGACUGGACGACGAAGCUGUACGCGAGAAUCUCCGGAAUGGUAAUAUUCCGGUGCGCCCCGAAGGAAUGGGCAAUGAGUCGUGGGAACUCGUGGUAGCGAUGACGCGCACCGAUCCAUCGAAGCGUAUGCCCCUCGCACAGGUGAUCGCGAAGAUGAAUAGCUUCAACGAGACUGAGCUGGAGCUCCAAGCUACAACAAGGCGAUGCAGUGUUUGCGAUUCAGAAAUAGUCGGGUGGUCCGCAGCACAGGCACCAGCUUCAAUCGACGGAGCGACGACUGCGACUCGUUUGUCUGACGUGACCGUUUCUGGAGUCGAGAACUUGGUUCAGACGGCACACAGCAACGGUGAGAUCCUCUCCAUUUCGGAACGCCAGAUGCACAUCCUGGAGCGCGCCGCGACCGCUAACAUGAACGUGAUGACCCCAGCGCUGGUGGCCAGCAUGGAGCUGCACUGUCGCGACUUCGUCACCAAGGCGAACAACGAGGACAUAGUAAGUGGAGCUGAUGUUCUGAAGGAGGCCGCUGCGUACGCUUUAGGUUACCUUGCGUACAGCAGCGACGCAGAGGAAGUAAUGGUUGAGGAAGGAGCCAUUACGCUGCUUGUAGGACUCCUGAGCGAGGGGACAGACCAACAAAAGUAUUUAGCCGCCAAGACAUUCGGAGUUCUCGCAAAGUACGACCCUACCAGUAGCGACAUCAUUCGUGAGGGAGCUAUUCCGGCAUUAAUCUCGCUUCUACGAGGAGGGACGGAUGAGCAGACAGACGGUGCUUCCUACGCGCUAAGAUUCCUCGUAAUUUCGGAUGAAAACCGAGCUGCAAUCGCCCAUGCAGGGGCAAUUCCACCUUUAAUCGCGCUUAUUCGCAGCGGUUCCAACGAACAGAAGGAAAGCGCUGUGCGUGCAUUGUUGAGCCUCGCUGAAGACAACGACGAGAACCGUAUCGCGAUCGGAAGCGAGCGAACUAUCCCCCUACUCGUCGAGCUUCUUGGAAGUAGAUCGGAUACACUCAAGCGUCACGCGGCGACUCUGCUUGCAAGUUUAUCUCGUGUCGAACAAAACCUGGAGGAAAUCGUUCAAGAACGAGGUAUUUCCCCGCUUAUCUCCUACUUGGAAGCUGGAACAGAGGAUCAAAAGCGUUUGGUAGCUCAUGCGCUUGGGGAUGUUGACGUGGAAGAAAUUGCAAGCGAGCCUGACAUAGUGAGCGAGAGCCCUAUAUCACCUCUGGUCGCGCUACUUCGAACCGGGACAGAUGAACAAAAACGUUAUGCUGCGACUGAACUAGGGAAUCGAGCCUGCGACCCGGGCGGACGAGCUGAGAUUGGACUCAAUGACGCGAUCCAACCUCUCAUGAAGCUUUUACAAACGGGGAAAGAUGAGCACCAGCGUUUGGCGUUGUUUGCCCUAUCGAAGCUUGCUAUCGGAUUCUUUAGCCGAAGUGAAAUUGUGAACUGUGGGGGCAUCCCCAUUUUCGUGAGGCUCCUGCGAAAUGGAACAGACGAGCAAAAACAAUAUGCUGCCAGCGCUCUGGGGUACCUGCCCGAGCUAAGUGACGAAAGCCGCAGGCUGAUUGCGAGCGAAGAAGCUAUUCCGUCUCUUCUCACUCUUUUAUCCGAUGGGACAAAGGAGCAGAAGGACGAGGCAGUGCGGUUGCUUGUCCACCUUUCAUUCGUUGGAGAAGUCGGCAUGGAGAUUAUCAGCAAGGGAGGCAUUCCACCUCUCUUAACUCUUCUACGAGCUGGAUCAGAGGACCAAAAAGAAGCCGCAGCACGCGCACUGGGGAAUCUCGCUCACGGCGGCGAAGCGAAUGCUAAGGAGAUCGCGCGUAAAGGGGCGAUUCCGCACCUCAUUACACUACUUCGAACUGGAACGCAAGACCAAAAGCGCUAUUGUGCACUUGCGUUGGGGAAUCUGGCGCGCACGGACGCCAUCAGAGGCGAGAUUCUAAGCAAAGAAGCUCUGAAGCCUCUUGUUGCACUACUGCGAGAUGGAACCGAUGCGCAGAGCUGUGCCGCGGCACUUGCAGUGGGAAAUCUCGCUGAUAGCAGUGGUGCCAAUCAUGGUGAAUCGCGCGGGAAGGAGUUCUGUCAUUACUCGUGA